CACUUUAUUAAUCCGUGGGCUGGCCUUGUAUCACAUGCCCUACUCACACCAACACAAGACCUCCCUUACCCCCAAUCACACACGUGUGGGCAUAUAGCAAUACUUAUACGUUGAAAUAGGCUCUGCUAACAGUAUUGCUGGAGCCAGUGUAGGGAAGGAAGGGGUGUCACUGUUACCUCCAGUGCCCUAUGACCUAGUUUGUCCUUAAUCCGGUCAGAUCACACAUUGUUCAGGUCUGCCCCGAGCAUCCCCCUGCUGCUCAUUGUAUUGGGGGAACCCCGCUCUCUCGCCCGGGCACUAGCAGGACCCUAUCCGGACGGCUCCUCGUGUGGAAUCCUCCAGGUGCAGCAAAUCGCUGGGGCUGAGCGCAGCAUGAGCUCGAGGGAAGGAGCCCGCCAGUCCUCCUCGGUGGAGCAGCCUGCCUCCCCUUCACAGUCACCGAAGAGGGGACGAGGGAGACCCCGGAAACCGCAAAAAGUCAGUACUGGAUCUUCAGCCGCCAUUCACAAACCGCACACAAUGAGGCAUGACCCUCCCGCAUGCUGCAGCAUUCCCAUACCAUGACCCCCAUGCAUGCUGCAGCAUUCCCAUACCAUGACCCCCCCAUGCAUGCUGCAGCAUUCCCAUACCAUGACCCCCCCAUGCAUGCUGCAUCAUUUCCAUACCAUGACCCCCCAUGCAUGCUGCAGCUCUCCCAUGCCGUGAUCCCCAUGCAUGCUCUAGCACUCCAUGCAUGCUGCAGAUCCUCCUAUACAUGACCCCAAUGCAUGCAGCUGCACUCUAUACCGUACCCUCUCCAUGCAGCCAUACAAUGAACUCCUUAAUAGACUCUUGCAGUUGCACCCCUUCAUUUCACACAGCUGUACUCUUGCACCCCAUAUACAAACAUGCAGGGAGGCUCUUGCACCCCCUUACUGCGCGCUCUAUGCCUCCUGCACACCCGCCACUAGCACCCUGAUAAAUUCCCAUUCAUAAAAUCCGUCGCAUCGUGCCCAGUCCAGUGUACACACAGAUCUGCAUUGUGUGAGCAGGCACCAUGUGAGUCAGUGCGCUCUCUCGGGGGGUCUCUUCCAUGAACUGACUGAGGGAGGCUUUCCCUCCGCUGGUGGGGGCUAUGCCGGCCGGCAGACAGCUCAGAGAGCAGACCGACCUGAUAUGCCCCCGGAUCCCAGCAGCCUCAGGCUGUGUGGAUGAGUUCAGCCCCGCGCCCACACUGCACACAGACCGGAUCUCUGCACGUUCUAUAUUGGAACGUUCAUUGUAUCCACUCAAAACAAUGGCAGCUAUCAGUCAAUGUACAUAGCAUUGAAAUCACGAUAAAAUGCACAUCCUUUAACCCUUGCAGUGUCGGUGGCUAUUCGAAUGGUUUUUGUUAUUUACAGAAAAUGUUUUGCAUUGCCUCUUGGAAGUGGUUUUUGAUGAUUUUAUUUUUUUUUCCUUCGUGCGACUGCAAGCUAUUUUUUUAGAUCUCAAUCUGUGCAUUUGAUGGGUGUUUUUACCCAUAUUAGAUCUCUCAAUCUUUAGUAAUGGCAUUUUAAUGAAAAUGUGUUUUUUACGAACAGCCCAACACGUUAAUUGGAAGCACUUGGGGGUGUUUUGGCCACAGCUAAUUUCUAUCAGCAUCACUAGCGAUUGUAGUCGCUCUUAUUAUUUUGCUUUGAACCUUUUAAUUUUAAAUAAUUAUAAAGAUUAAAAAAAAAGAAAAUCAGAAACCUAAGUGUUUUUUGUUUUAGUUUAUUUUUUUUAUGCUUUUAGGAAGUGAUAAAGCAGUCAUAGGAACAACAUUGGGUCAAGUCAUCUUCUCUAGUCAGCACAACUAUAGUAUUUAUCUUUGAUAAUCCAUAUUUUCUGCCAAAACCACAUUCCACGUGAUUCAAUCUAAUCUAUCCAAACCAUUCAUUCUUAAAAAUGAGAGCCCCUAUGGUGCUUUAAAAGGGCUCUCUGCCUAGCAGUGUGUUGUUGUUUUUUAAAAUUUUUUUUUUAUUUAUAUGUACAUUACUUUAUGUUCGUCUUACUUUAUGCAGAAGUUGUCUAGUAUUAAACCAAAGUGAUUUUUAAGGUUUGUUUUGAUUUAAAUGUGAAUGCAUGCAUUAAAGGAUAGAGUUGUGUUUAUUUUAUUUUUUCUAAAUACAGCUAGUGUGUGUGUGUGUAUAUACAGGUCACCUUUUAAAAAAUAAAAAAAUAAAAAUUUUAUGUGCAUAACAAUAUUUUAUUGCCUAUCUCAACGUCGUUGGAUUUGUACAUUGGUUACAUAUUUUUCAGAGUAAGGUUUUUAAUAGUAAACUACAGAAAAAAAGGUUUAAGUUGCAUUUGAAAAGUGAAGGGCAUUUUUCCCCUAUAUUGCAUUCUUUCCACUAUAACAAGUUUUUAUUUCUGUGUUUAGGAGCCUGUAGCUGGGGAACCCUCUCCUAAAAGACCAAGAGGAAGACCCAAGGGGAGCAAAAAUAAAAGUCCCUCCAAAUCCGCACAAAAGGUGAGGUCUUAUAUAAACAUGUUCAGGUACCAUGUGAAUGUGUGGUCACCGUGUGUUCUCUGUGGUUGUUCUAACCCCUUUUGAGUGCUCCUCAAUGCUCAUGACCCAUAGAGGUUUGUUCAUGUUGUGUGGAUUUUGUUUAAUGAAAAAUACAUCAUAAAGCACACCCAGAACAUGUUGGUAACUUUUAGAUUAGUUGUUGUGAAUGACUAUGCUCUAUCUGCAUUAGGAGGAAACCUGUGGAUUUCUAACAUAGUCUGCAAAAGUUCAAUAGAUGUUCCAUGAACCACAAAUGGUGUGCAUUUGUGGAACCCCUCACUUAUUGAAUGUUAAAAAUAAAAUCAUGCAUAUAAGUAAUGAUCAUUCGGAGGUCUGGCUUGCUAUUGAAUGGCAAUCCCCCUCCUCCCAAUGCAAUUAUGCCAGUUGUAAGGAGAACAAGAACAUGUAAAACCUUGCAUGCAUGUUCAUAGUUUUGUACACUGUUUAUAUUUAAAAAUAAAAAAAGGUUGUGUAAAUUCAACAGUACUCUUGGUUCAUGUAUAAUAUAAAGAUUUUAGGAAGCAAUAAGCAGCACUUGGUUUUUGUUGUUAUAAUUGUGAGCCAUGAACACAUCUGUAAAAUAAAACUUGUAUCUACCUUUGAAAUGUUUGUGUGAUUCACCUAUCGAUACUUCUACGUCUUCAGUGCCCUAAAUGUUGAGUGGACACUAUUAACACAUGUCCUAUAAUCAAUAUAAUUGCUAUUUCUGAAUCAAUGACUGCUUAUACAUGUUUUAGAUGCUGAUCACAUUUCUUUGGAUUUUGCUUUGUAAAUGUUUAAGACCAGUUGAUAUGUCCAUGUGUACAUUCUGUAGGAUUUGCUGUGUAUGAAAUAUAAUCUGUUUUUGAGUGUAGAUACAUUUAUGUCUGUCGGAAUACCAGGCUUGGCUGUUCUAGUGUAUUCAUCUUAAUCUGACUUGCAUUUCUAAAUUCAGAGGGCAUCUAAGGUCUUGUGUGUGGGGUAUUUUUUUUUAUUUUUUGCUAGUCUAUAAAACUCUGGAUGAGCAGUUAUGUGACUUGUUUUACUGAGCUACUAGUAAAGUAAUGUUUCAAAGGAUAAUCUAAUAUAGAUAAUAUAUACUAUGUAUAUAUUUCUCAUAUUUUCUUUGCAGAUUUAUGAUUAUUAUUUUUUAAUUCCAUUUUUCAUAAGAUCUAACAAAUUUUCUUUAGCUGUGAUCUGGUAAUCCCUUUUAAACAAAUUAUUUGCAGAAUGGAUCCAUAGCUUUCUUUGCAUUUUCCUGAUGAGCCAUAAAGAGAGGUGAAUGGUGUGUGUGGCCUCUGCUCGUGAGAUCAUUGGACUGCACUGCAAUGUUAACAAAAUAUAAUACAAUAUAAAGUUGCACCUCCACAACCCACCCAGCAAAAGUUAAAAGGCAUUCAUGAAAAAAAUAUCUAAAUAUGUGUGAAUAUCUAAAAUUCCUUAAAGUAUUAGACAUUGUAUCUGCCAAUAAUCAACCUUUUAAAUAAAUUGUGAACAAAAGCUAUUUUUGAAAUGUUUUUGCAGUUUGUGUACUUUUCAUUGUUUGUGGGGUUGUUUUGAUGUGAUUUUGUUCUUGUUAGUCAGCUGUCCUUGAUGUGUUCCAAGAACAAUAUUUUGCAUGUUAAAGAAACCAUGUCAGUGCUUGCAUUUAUUUAGUGACUGAUAAGGCAGCUUAUCUUAAUGCUAACCUGUGCUUUAACGAAAAACAUCUCUUUAAUUAUCUAACAAACAUCAUGGAAUAUGUUCUUCAGUUGAGCAAACUCAUAAUUUAAGGAAAUUGGAAAAUGCUAAUUUUAAGGUAAAUUUCAAAGAGCCCAAAAUAGUCAAAGGGACACUAUAGGCACCCAGACCACUUCAUUGCGAUGAAGGGGUCUGGGUGCAGUUUUAGAUAAACUGCAAUGUUUACAUUGCAGGGUUAAGGCUAACUCUAGUGGCUGUCACUAGAGGCGCAUCCUGCGGUUUCACAGAGUUUGACUUCGUGAAACAACACUGGACAUCCUUACGCUUUGCACGAGGACGCCCAUCGUCUAGAAAAUCCCCAUAGAAAAGCAAUGCCUCAAUGCUUUCCUAUGUGGAAGGACUAAUGCGCAUUACGCUACCCCCCGCCAUCAGCGGACUGUGGCGGAGGAGCUCAAUGCCGCGCAGAGGGACAUUUGCGCUGGAAUCGGGUAAGGGGUUUUCCACACACAUCAGCACAGCUAUUGUCUGUUUACUUUUAAAGCGAGAAUUGUGGAAAGUAUCCCAAUGGAUUGGCAAGUUUUGUAGUUUCAAGUACAAGUUUCCAACACGGCUAGGUUGGGUUUAAACAAUUUAGUAAAAGGUCUGACAUAGCACCAGACAGAACAAAGUCAAAAUAGUAUUUGAACUCCAAGUCGGUUCUCAGCCAGGCUACAAAUGUAUUAUUGUGUAAUUAAAGAUGUAAAAUAUAUGAAUCCUAAAGUAGAUACCAGCUACAUAUAAAUUCAAUCCAGCAAUAUGAAUACAGAAUAUCUAUUUGUGUAUAUCUAUCAAUCCUUACAACCAAAAGAAAUCUAUACACCAAUGAGUUCUGACCACCAAAGACAGAGCUCUUUUCUAAGAGAAACUGGGAAAACCGUCACUAAUACCUUUUAAAAAUAAUUCAGAUAGUUGCCUUUUAUCCUCCAGUAAUAAACCAUGACAUUUUUUGAGGUAAUGGAUAUAGGUGACUGGGUUUCCAGUUCACCCCUUACAAAUGUGCUCUCUCUUUAAUGGCCAGUAUGCAUUUAUAUUUGUAUAUAUGUUUCUUUAAUAUUUAUUUUGGUUGUAAGGUUAUAUGUAUAGAUAUGCUUCAGUCCUAUGUAGCUGGAAUCUACUUGUGGAUUUAUAUAUUUGUGGUUUAAGUUUUUUGGGGGGCUAUAGAAGAAAGGAUAUUGCACUAUAUGUGUUGUAUGAAUGCUUCUUUGAUAUUCUACAUUGUAUAUCUUGAACUUGCAGUUAUCUUGUCAAUUCCACAAAGUUAGAGAUAUAGUGACAUUUUCUUUUUGUUUGUCCCUUCAAAUUCACUUGAUCCCAAUCAAGUGAGAUCUAUCAUUUUACUUGAAUACACAAGUCUGGUUUGCUUAUUAAACUGAAUAAGCAGCAAUUGAUGAUAAAACCCCAAAUUUAGGCAAAAAUAGCCAAAAUUGAUAGUCAACAAACCUAUUCUUCUGGCUUUGAUAUUUUGGCUAAAAAAAAACACCCCCUAAAAUGCAUGCACAGAUUCUAGUCCAUUCAUUUACUGACUGAAUUCGCUUCUCUUAUAGGCUAGCAGGUUUAUUUGACACUAUAUCAAUUGAGCUAAUAUUGUAUGGAAUGAUGUUUAUCCCUUAUUUCUCAUUGUGGAAACGCAUGCAGUGUAUGUCUGAAUUUUCAUGUUAAAAAUAUCCAUGUAGCCAAACCUCUAGCCACAAUUACUGCUUAGUGUUUUAUCAUGUGUUUUAAAGAAGGGAACUCACAUUAUCUUCUGGUACAUAUUUUAAUUCCAUAAAAAAAUAAUUUUAAUCUACUGAUGUUGACUAUACUUAAGCCAGGUAUACAGACAUCAUAUAUUUAAUAAAGAAUGAUUUACUGAUGUAAAUAUAUUCUGCUAACUAGUUAAUGUAGUUCUGGGUGGUCUAUUUUUGGCUGUUAAAGGAGGAAAUCUAUUGAAACCAUAUAUAGCAAAUGUAGGCUAGAGCUGCAUGCAUCUAACCCACAAGAGAUGACCAGAUGUGCCAAGUUACUUGAGGGUCGCCUGGUUAAAAAUAUAAUCAAACUGGUGUAAAUGCCUUUUUAAAGUUAUAGCCCCUCAACUGUGUCAAGUCACACACUGUGGAUUCUUACCUCGUGGCCUGAGGAAGGUAGGGACACUAGUCAAAUCUUCAUGUGAAACCUAUUUGGAAGCACACACAAAUGUCAAAGGAAACAAACGUAAAAGUUCACACUAUUUAGUACAAUAAACAUGUUUGGAUUUUUUUGGGCGUCUUCGUUAAUGCUUUCUGACUAUCCAGACAAGUGCCCUUUAAAAGAUACAGGUCCGGAUUGCCGUCGCCCUAUCUCGGCAGAAACACUGGGGCGUAUUGUCGGCUUUGCCCAUCGUCUGCGCGUCGGAGUUUGAGUCUCACGUCCUUCUGGUGGCCUUUUCUUUGUUAUUUUGGGGGGCUUUCCGGAUAGGUGAGUUAGUGGCGCUUAAAUGGCGGUCGGCUUUGUCGCUGUCUUUCUGAGGUGCGGUGGUGGGCUUCAUCGGUGGAUAUCUUCGCGUGGCGGUCCAAGACGGAUCCGGGAGUCUUAUGGAGCGUGGGUACAGAUCGGGGCGAUGUCUGUCCGGUUAGUGCCUUUCAGAGGUACUUGUGCGUUCGGUCGGAGAGGGGUGGCCCCCUGUUAGUGCAUUUGGACAGGUCUUCGCUUACUCGUUAACAAUUCACAGCGAUGUUACAAAGGGCGUUGUCAGCCUGCGGGAAGGAUGCUCAUGGGUAUUCAGCACAUUCCUUUCGGAUUGGAGCCGCUGCUCAGGCUAGUUUGCUGGGUAUUCAGCUGCAGAGAUUAAGCGGAUUUGUAGAUGGGAAUCUGGGCACUUUAGGUUCUACGUUAGGCCUCAUUUGUUGUAAUGUUCUUCUCGUUGUAGGUUCAAGUCCCCAUUAUGUCUGGAUAGUGGGGCAUUCCUUUAUAUAUAUAUAUUGGGCUGCUCGUCACGUGGAAGAACGCACUUAUGGAUGGAAUUUGGGGUUUUCCUUCGAGGUAGCACGGGUUAGAUGGAGGAGCAUUAGGGGUCUCCUACGGCAGCAGGUAUAUCCGGAGUGUAUUGCGCUACGCAGAUUUGUCUCGGGGCCAGUUAUUUUGGUUAUUCACGCUGGCGAUAACUACUUGGGUCGGGUUAGGACAGUAGAACUUAUCUACGCGACGUGGCUCAGUGUUUUUCCAGAUCUCAGUGGUUUGGUCGGAAGUGCUCCCCAGGUAGUGCGGUCGUGCGUUGGUUGGAGAGAAGCCAGCUCAACAUAACGGUUGGGAAAUUUGUGCGGCAGCUGGAAGGAGUGGUGGUCAGACAUGUGGAGUUGGAAAGCGACAACCUAAAUUUAAUGCGCAGGGACUGGGUCUAUCUCCACUUGAUCGGGUUGGACAUCUUUAACACUGGCCUUCAGGCAGGGGCGGAGGCUGUGCUGUCUGCUGGGGACGCAAUGACGACAAGGGAUAGCAACUAAUGUCAUCAUCGCAGGUGGCGGGAGUCCUGGCCAGCGCAGUCAUAAGCGGAAGAAAGUACCGAAGCGGCUUGGGGAGUCACAGCCUGCCGGGAGCUGAUGGCGCAGGCAGGCUGCUCCAGACUUAUGGUUUAACAGGAUAGAUCUGUCUAUUCGUGAAGCAUCCCGACAGUGGUGAAUAGUUGCUGGCAUUGAUUAAUUAAUAAAGCUGUGGCCGUUGCUCUUACUCGACAGAACAAGGUCUGACAUGUCUUCUUGGGCAACGGGUGGGGAUUGUUCCUGGGGGGUAUUUAUAACUAGUCCACUGCAAAUAUUAAAAUUAUUAAAUUAACUUAAAAGAGGAGAGGGAAGCUGUGAUGUCCCAUCCUAUGAAGCACUGGAAGUACUGUGAUCUGCUUGUUGCCAAAGGCAUCCAAACAUUUUAGAAGUAGACUAUUUUUGAAAGUUUCUAUAUAUGCACUCUUCUCUGGAACACCUCUACACCCCAAUCUUCCAUUGGUGUCCUAUUUCCUAACUUUCUCAAUUGUAGUCAUGACCUGGUAAAUUCUUAUCUUAGUUUGUCACUGCUGUCCUUUUUCAUAGUUCUCCUAAUGGUUCAAACCAGAAUACCUGUCUCUAGAAAUGUGCUUGUGUAUCACUCUUUUUGGUUCCCUUUAUAGUUUACUGCCGUAAUCCCAUGGAGGCCUGUUAUCUAAUGGGAACUCUGUAAAUCUUUUCAGGGCAGACUCAGUGGCUUCUCCUUACAGAGAGCUCCUUCUCUGGCCCUGCUGUGCUUCUUGAUAUUUAGUGUAAUUAUUCUUGCAUGUUCAAGUUAUCCUGUCUCUCUGCCAUUACAACGUGUAACCUGACUGGCCUGAUAACGUGUCAUCUGAGUUCUGUAGCCACAGGAGUGAUCAUUCAAAUUCCAACAGCCAUGCAAACACACAGGUUCAGUCGGAGUGGGAAAUAAUCUAUUAAAAUGUAGACUGUUCUGGAAUGUCAACCUCUGCAAAGAGGCAAAGCCAGAAUAAACAUGCUGUCUAUAUUCUUCUUGGCCCCUCUCUAUUGAGUAGAAGAUUGUUUGUUUCCUUGAUGCAUGUGAUAUGUACUUACAAUGAGACACUUUACUGAUGAAGGUAUUCUAUAAAGUUGUAUUCCUUACACCAGUGGUUCCCAAACCAAUCCUCAAGUACAUUUGGUACUCCUGAUUGGCCAAACUAUAUGUUCCAUGGACUUUUCAAAGAAAGCAUUAAUGAAACUGGAUUUACAACCCCUAUAGGUGUGUGUCCCUUUUAAUUUUUUACACUGACGUUGUUUAAAGAGGCUGGUGGGUGGCUUUGUAAGAAUAUUUUCAUAUAAGCCUGUGUGAUAUGCAAUAGAUGGAUGUUUGUAUAUUUGUGAGUUCUGCUUAUUUUUUUUAUUUUUUGGGGUAUACCUACAGAAGGGUCUCUUGGGAUCCUCCCAUAGCUGAGACACAAGUCCUGGCAGGUGAGGCUCAGCCUACCAUUGGCAUCUAAAGUUGGGAAAACUUUUUUUUUUUUUUAUUUUAGCAUUAGUCUAUCCACGGUGGAGGGACUGAAUAUUAGAAGCUAGGAGAGCUUCAGGUUUUGCCAAACAACUCAAAGGGUAUUCUACUAACGAGAGACUGCACUUUAAAGUUAUUUUGCGUCAUAACCACUGCAAUAAGCUGUAGUGGCUAUCGUACUUGGAUUGCUCCUUAAAAGGGGAACUGUAACUGCUUCAUAUCCUUAACGUGGUUAUGUCUCCUAAUGCUGUCCUUCAAUUAAAGGGUGGUUAUAGGCAUCAAAACAACCUUCGCUUAAUGUAGCAGUUUUUGUGUAUAGAUCAUGCCCCUGCAAUCUCACUGCUCAAUUCUUUUAGGAGUUAAAUACAUUUUGUUUGUUUAUGCAGUCCUAGCCCUGCUUUGACUUGCACAGUCUGCAUAUUACAAAAAAAAGGUGUUAAUGUCAAUCAGAAGCUAAAGGGGCACUUCGAUCACUAUAACAACUUAAUCUAAAUUAAGUUGUUAUUGUGUCAGGAGGCCCCAGGCUCACACUUACCUUGAGGGAUUAAACCACUCUCAGUUUAACCCCUAGUGAGCAUCUAGUGCCGCUUCUCAGGUCCCUUAGUUAAUAUCUGGCUCCUGAAUCUGUUUCAGGAAUGCUGCCGGGCAGGGACGCCGCUGAUUGGCUAAGAGCAUCAUGCUGACGCUCUCAGCCAGUCAGUGACUCCCCAUAAGACUGGCUUGAAAAGAAACGUACAUUUAAAAAAAAAAAAAAAAAAAGUCACUAAUUGGCUAAGUCAGCUGAAUUUGUGGGGUUUGUUUUUUUUUGUUUUUGUUUUUUUUUUGUGCAUAAAAUUAUAUUUAAUUAAAAUGCAAAUUUUUGUGUAGCCAACAUGCUGAGACAAAUAUCAUCUGUGUGAUAAAGCCAUUGAUUGUAGGGAUCGACCAAUAUUGUGUUUUUGUUUGUUUGUUUUUUUUAAGAGCUGAUACCGAUAAUCUGUGAACUUUCAGGUCGAUAGCUGAUAGUUUAUCGUAUGUUUUGUAUUUUUAUUUUUUUAUUUUCAGUCAGAUUUUUUUUAAUGUUUUGAAGAAUAUUUAUAUGUGUAGUGCAUGCAGUGAGAGUAUUUGAUUAGUAAAUGCAGUGUGUGUUUGUGUAGUGGAUGCAGUGUGUUUGUGUGUAAAUAUGUGGGGUAGGAACACCCCCUUACCUGUCUCUUAGUACCCCCAUUUCUCUCCCUUCUCUUUUAGUGGUCCCCCCUACCCCAGUGUUCCUUUUCCCUUCCCUCCCCUGUAUAUUAGUGUCCUCCCUUAAUGUUCCUCUCCCCAGUGUUCUUCUUUCCUGUCCCAUAGUGUUCUUCACCCCUUUCCCUGUCCAUAGUGUUCUUCACCCCUUUCCCUGUCCCAUAGUGUUCUUCACCACCCUCCUUCCCUGUCCCAUAGUGUUCCUUACCACCUCCUUCCCUGUCCCAUAGUGUUCCUUACCACCCUCCUUCCUGUCCCAGUGUUCCUUACCACCCUCCUUCCCUGUCCCACAGUGUUCCUACCACUCCUUCCUGUCCCACAGUGUUCCUUACCACCCUCCUUCCUGUCCCACAGUGUUCCUUACCACCCUCCUUCCCUGUCCCACAGUGUUCCUUACCACCCUCCUUCCCUGUCCCACAGUGUUCCUUACCACCCUCCUUCCCUGUCCCACAGUGUUCCUUACCACCCUCCUUCCCUGUCCCACAGUGUUCCUUACCACCCUCCUUCCCUGUCCCAUAGUGUUCCUUACCACCCUCCUUCCCUGUCCCAUAGUGUUCCUUACCACCCUCCUCACCUGUCCCAUAGUACCCCUCGUUGGUCCCCGGUGUCUCUCCUGGUAGCGUUGCCGAGCGGAGCAGUGCGCAACACGGUACAGGAGAUUCAGUCUCCUGUACCCUGCUGAUCACUCUGAUCUAGCGCCCCCUGGGCUGGUGCGCCCUAAGGUGGCCGCUUGUGCCGCCUUAUAGAAGCACCGGCCCACUUAUUCAUUAUCGGUACUGCCGUUGAUUAUCGUCCGAUACUUACAAAAAAUCGAAUAUCGUCCGAUAAUAUCGGCAAGCAAAAAAACAAAAUACUAAGAAAAUCUGACAGUCUCCUAUGUUAAACACUAUUUUUAUAUUAUCUAUAAUCUAGAUCUCAGAUAUGCAAUGCAGUAUCACUAUGGGGGUUUAUUUACUACAUGGAGAAUUGUUGUGAACUGUAUGCCAAAUUACCAGAAUUGUACUAGAACCAACUUGGCUAUUUUUACAACCCUAUUUUUGACUAAUAUUCCCAAUUGUCCUGUCAAUUUCUGCAGUUUAAUGAAUAAAACACUAUAUUUAUGGGUGAGUGCAAUGUAAAGCCUUGUGCAGGAAUGCUCAUUUGUGUGUGUAAAAACCUUAUGUACAUACGUAGUAUGUUUGUUUGCAUUAAUGUGUGCGUAUACAAGGUAGUGUUCUUAUAAAUCAGGGGUCCUCUAACUCCGGCCCCCCAGAUGUUGCUGAACUACAACUCCCAUGAGUCUUUGAAUUACAUAGAUAGCCAGAGAAUCAUGGGAGUUGUAGUUCAGCAACAUCUGGGGGCCGGAGUUUGAGGAUCACUGUUAUAAAUGGUGUUUGCCUGUCCCAACUUUUUAUAUAUGUCCAUUACCUAUGUGCCUGUUCCCACCAGCUUCCUCAUUUCCAGAUUUUGUGGUCUCCCUCUGCCCCCAUUUUGUUUGUUCUCUCCCCGACCCAUCCUGUUUACAUUUCUCUGUGCUGUUGCCUCCAUUUUCUUCCCUAGCUCUACCCCAGCCUUGUCACAUGAUAUGAGUCUGCCUAUAAACCGUGUGAACAUACUACUACUACUACUACUACUACUACUACUACUACUACUACACGGGUAGGCAACGUUCAGCACUUAAGAUGUUGUGAACUGCAUCUCCCACAAUGCUGGCAAAGCAUAUGGGGAGAUGUAGGCCACCGAAUCUGGAGUGCUGAAAGUUGCCUACACCUGUUCUACUAUACCAGAACAGGUCUAGAAGGUUUUUGAUUAUAUGUACUCCAGUCUUUAACCCAUUGACAUGCCCCAGUGAUGCACGUUUUUGAUAAAUGACUAGAGGAUGUUCCUCAGUCUUUAUCCAUCUAAUCUUGGGAAAUGUAGAUGUUGGGGGUUUUUGUUUGACCGGAGUCAGGACACAUGUAAGAUGUUAUCUGUUUUUAGAUGAUUCACAGGUCUGGAUGAAUUUUAGGGUAAAUGUCCUAAUGUAACCCAUGAAAUCACCAUCACUCAGAACAUCACCUGAUAUCAAUUUAGAUCAAAUAAUCAAUAUGUCUGUUAACACGCAAACUGUGGGGUAUAUUCACGAACUGCAGGAUUCAGAGUAAAAUAGCCACACUAUGACUAUAGGUGAAUUAUAAUGGAUAAAAUGCAUACAGCUCCUUGGUCAGUUUGGGGCCCCAGUUAGAGGUAUAUCUCGGGUUUUCUACUUUGUGACACAUGCAUUUCACAGAGCAGGGGAUAUGCUUUUACCACAUUGAUAUAGGAACAUGCAAAAACCUUUUUAUAAAUCACUAUUUAGUAGAUAUACACCCCAACGGGGAGAGAAAGUGCUUGCAAAAGUCUGCACCCUGUGCAAUCCUCCCCUUCUAACCCCGCCCAGACUUUCUGUGGCUGUCCAAUCACAGACUUCCCAAUACAGCUCAAUGAAAAGCAAGACAGGUGCUCUGAGAAAAUGCUGCCUCUUAGGUUUAUCUCCUCUGAGUUAACCAAACCAGGAAGUAACAGGACUUGUUGACCGGCAGCCAGGAGGUAUAACCAGGUUAAUUUAUAAUAAUGCCAAUUUAUAUUGAAACCUGCACUUUUUUGUAAAGUGAUAAAAAAAAAUAAAGAGGGCACACCCUUCACCCAUAAAGCAAUUCAUCAAGCUAAACAAUAUCAAACACUCUCAUUUAUUCUUAUUGUAAGCCGUUAAGUCAUACUACAACUAGUUGUAGUAGAAACAUUAAAUUUUCAACAUGCGUUGGAUCAGAUGAAGAAAUAACAAAACAAAUGUAAGGUAACUGACCAUGAGAACAAAUUAAUAUUAAUCACCAAAACAGGGCUGCAUCACAUACAGGAGAGCGACGUAAUCAUACCUAAAAAAAAAAUAAUAAAAAAUGGUAUGUGAGCGCUCACAAAAUAAAAUAAUGACCACUAAAACACUGUAUACCAAAUCUAACAACACUGGGCUAAUACAAAUGAAUAACAAUCACUAAGAAUGUAUGUAAUAUUAAACAUAAACAUAAAAGAAAAUAAUAACAUAUGAAUCAAUAUUGUAGCGAUAAAAUAUCACAUAAAUAAAAACACCAAAAGUCCAGAGCAAAUGUCUAAGAAGUAAACACUGUGUGGGCCCCUUGCACUGAUUAAAUAGCCACUGGAACUAAAAAUGUGCACGUAUAAAGAGUAAUAAAUAAAAAUAAAAAUGGAAGUAGAAUUUAAAAAAAUAAAUAAAAACAAUACCCAGACUCAUAAACUCUCUCUGCUGGUUCAGACGAAGACCAUUUUAUAGUUUGAGAAGCAUUAACUAUUGUUUUUCAUGAAUUGUUGUAAUGUGUUCUUCGAUCCCUAUGGCUGUAUGUAACGUAAAUUUGUCUUGCCAGGCUUUUCGAAAACCACUGCCAAGCUACCACCUAACUGCAGUGAGUGGCCUGGCGUUUAGUGUGGGGGACCAGAGCACUCAUGCCUUCCACAUCUGUACAGAGAUUUAUUUUUACUUAGAGAUGCUUCCCUUACUAAAGCAAUCCUCCCAAAUUAUACUGACUUCAUUACCAGUGCAUUGGUGUGCGAGUGGAGUGGCAUCAAUCACUUUAACGUUUGGUAAUUUUACUACAUUUUCAUUUUCUCCAGCUUCACGUGCUGUCUAGGGAGUAAAAUUAGCAACCACUGUGCACGCACUUUACUUUCUGUGUCACAGAGCAGGAGAACCCCCUUGUAGAAUUGUUCUUUUCCUCCAGCUUUUCAGUCAAUUGUUGACUGUUUACUGAUUGCUUGCUUUAUGGCAAGGAAUUAAUGGACAGGGGAAGGAUGUGUGUAUGUAUUUAUGGAUAUACAUUUACGAACCAUUCUUCUAGCCCAAUGCAUAACUGGAAAUGAAUUAACUUUUAAGUUACACUUGUGUGCGCCAUUACGGUACACAUAAAUUGUAUUGCAUAAAGUGUAUCUGAUGUUUGCCCAGUAGGUUUAUAAAUAGUCUCUCUUCUUACAGAAUAACUUUUUCAUUGUAUGCAUACAAUCCUUCCUGGACCAUGUCUUGUUUUGAAUCCACUAUCCCGCUACUUAUUGUUUAAAACCUGAAAAUCUGAGGUAUUUUUGUUGUUGUUGUUGGUUACGUGUUUUUUUUUAAUUGUCAUAACAUUUAUGGAAACAUUAAUUUUUAAAGAUUUUUUUAAAAAAAAUUUUUUUUAAAUUAUUAUUUUUUUUUCUCCAUUAAAAGUUGCUUACAUUGUAGACUCACCUGCCUUGCAUAUUUGUCGUGUGAUGUGAAGUGAGGUCACUUUGCAUAGCCGGUAAACCCUAAAUUGUAUUCCACUGGAGUUCCUUUUUGGCCAUAGCUGUUUGGCAAUUUAUAUUUUCUACUUUUAUAUAAACUUCUCUUGUUUGGUUAAUUGCUUCCAACUGUACAAUUUUAGUUUCAAUCCUGUAUUAAACACCCCUGUUUCAAGGGAGAGAGUUAGCCAGAUGCAGUUUGUACAGCUCCUACACUUGGGUUCAUUAACAACCAACCACACAAUUGUUUCAAAUAUUUUUUUAAUUCUUUAUUUUUGCAGUGCAGAUUCAAGGACAAGAUGCAAAUAUGACAUAUAGCACAUAACGUAAUAAGACCUAGUUAUGAGUAGUCAGGAGGUGCUCCACUUUUUUUUUUUUUUUUUUAAACAAAUAAAACAUGAAGAAAGAGUUACAGGCUUAAUACUAAACGGAGUAGACAUGUUGAUUAAUGAGUAUACCAUGCAUGAAUACACAGGUUGUAUGUGUGGACAUGCUAAGCGAAAACAAGCUGGGUAAGGAAUAGGUAGCCAUUAGAGAUGUCGCGAACUGUCCGCCGGCGAACAAUAGCGUGUUUGCGUUGGGCGAACAUAUCCGAUUUCCGGUCCGCCCCCUAUACGUCAUCAUUAAGUAAACUUUGACCCGGAACCUCACAGUCAGCAGACACUUCCUGGGAGGGAAGUGAUGUGUCUGCUGGCUGUGAGGUUCCGGGUCAAAGUUUACUUAAUGAUGACGUAUAGGGGGCGGACCGGAAAUCGGAUAUGUUCGCCCAACGCAAACACGCUAUUGUUCGCCGGCGGACAGUUCGCGACAUCUCUACUAGCCAUAUCUUUAGCAGACAUAUCUAGAUGUGAACCACCCCACUAUUUAAAGCAGAUAACAUUUUAUGGUAAUACUGUAAUCCCAUCAUAUGCAUUAAGAGUACAGUUGGCACAGUCUCGUGACAUCGCUUCACCUUAUACACUCAAUGGGCCUUGCACUGUCUGUCCCCAUGGAGGGGUCCUUUGGGACAUUGAGCUCACGCGGAGGCCAUCUAUGCUGACUGGUAGUCAGGGACAUCACCCCCGCACCAUAUCCAAAUCCAUAGGGGAUCCAAUUGUGGUCAGUGUUGGCACCUGCCUCUGUGUCAGUUUGCCUGUCACUCUGUCACUGGACCUCGCCGCUUGCCUAGUCACCAUAGUGGGAGCUUCACUCAGUCAGUGCUGAUGGCUCUAGAUGGUGGUGUGUGUGUGUGGUAUGAUGGUGGUAGUGCAAGCGCAUUCUGUUACCCAGACCUCUCAUCAUUUCUGCCCGUUGUGUAAACCCUGGGCUCUUCGGCCGUAGAGUGGACUUUUUAGCUGCCCUCCUUGAGUGGAGCCAUUGCGGUCUCUGAUGCUGUGGAUGAACUGUUGGGGGGACCCAAGACCACCUGUAAGGCCCGAGGGCGAAGGGUUGGCUUUGCGGGUAAACAUGCUGAAAGGGUUUGUGCGGCACAUGUGCGAAGCCUAUGUUGUAGCUUUUCCCAGAAGCGUCGCAAGAGGGUGUCUAGCCUGGAUAGAGCAUCGCCGGCAACCUCACCUGAGGAGCACGCCCGUGAAAGCGCCAUAGCCGCCGUCAUCUUGAGGUCGUAUGCUUAGCAUACUGCUGCUUGGGGUAGAGUGUCUGGGUGGGGGUAAUUGUCUGCUGAUGUGGAGGUGGGAACCAGGAUAACCCUCGCUGGUCCAGGGGAAGGGGAUGUAGAACGGUCUGCUGUGGAGUGCAGCCACCACUCCCAGACAAAACCGUGCUAGGCCUCAAUGUUGCAUACCGGAGCUCCACUGUAGAUAAGUUGCAGAAUCGCACCCGCUGGCGCCCGGGUAUCGCCGACAAAUUCAGGUACCUUUAGGCCAUGGCAAUCUUACCCUUACGACUACAUUCCUGUCUUUGUACAGGCUAUAAAAUAAGCAGGCUUUGUACUUUGUUACGUUGAUGAAUUUUGCAGGGGGGGGGGGGUUAUUAUUUAAAACUUCUAUAUAAUCUGUCAUUUAUUGUGUCUAACCUAUUUGAUGGUAUUGUUUUACUUUUCACCUUUCAGGUUUUUGUGAAGACUUUGGUACAAGACUUUUUUUCAAAUUACUUUCUUUUUGUCUUUUGUAUUAAGUAAUGUAGACCCGUUGUUGUCUUUUUUUGUUUUUUCUCCUUUUCUUAAUUUUUUAUUUUUUUUUAUUUUUUUUACAAAAGUAAAAUUAAAUUGCUACUCUUUGUGAUUUCAUGAAAGUCUGCCCACUGUGUUUGAGCACCUUGUCUCCGAACUGUUGACUUAUAGUGAUGCUGUGAUUUCAUAAUAGUUCUUGAAUAAAUACCCCAAGACAUUUUGUAUAGCAUUAGCAAUGCUGAAAUGGUUAAAAAUUCUAACUUUGCUAUAGGAACACUGUCUAGCCAGGAAAUGGCAGGAAAGUCAGGUGUCUCCUCAAUCUUUUGGAAGAAGGGAAACCCAUUAUAUACUAUGAGGAAAUGUGAUAGAUGGUGGUGUAGUUAUCUAUAAAGUUUGUGGGUUUUUUGUUUUUUUUUGUUUGUUUUUUUUCUCUCUAAAUUGUAAGCACAUUCCUUCAUGCUAUUUUUUUUUUUUUUCCUCCCAUUCUUUCUUGGUUCCUUUUCUGUUCCAUUUUGCAGGUAGAUAGAAGUUGCAUCUCCUGAUGGGUCCCUUUUUUUCAUUGCUCUUAUUUAUUUAUUAAAUAAAAAAAAAAAAAAAAUAAAAAAAAAAAUUUCAACACUGUGUGAACAAUCGAUGGCUACAGUUGUCAGUCCACAUAGUACCCACAUGAGAAAUGUCCCUAAUCCAUCAGCAUGGGCUGGCCCCAAAUGCCAAGCGAUUCUCUCAUCUGUGACAAACCACAAUGUGGAGCAGCUGACCUCUCUAGUCCCAGGAAACAAAGGUCCAACCCUGCCCUUGGUCAUGUCCCUCCUAAUGAUAACCUCGUAUUGCAAUACAAGAAGCUGCUAGCCAUGAAUAAACCGCACUUGAUAUUUUGCUCUACAGGAGCAGAGGCCUCUCUGAACUGUCCUUGGGGAAACUUGGCACCUUUUUAUGUAGCAUGACAUAUCUUAAUGAGGUCAUAACAAUAUUUGAUCAUUACCUGACCACAAGUGGUUUUUCAGCAAACCACUGAUUCCUUUAUCUACAAGUAUCAAACUCCCUAUGAUAUGAUUCGUUACAUUCUGUAGUGUGACACUCUUGCAAUGUUCAAAUCUGAACAAGUUGCGUCCAUAUACAGACCAAAAGACUAAUGUCUAGUACACAUCUGGUUGGCAUGUCUCUCCUGGCACCAGUUCUCUUCUAAUUGGCAGGGGAAAUGUUCCCCCUACACUGAAUCCCCCUCCAAAAAAUAGUCCCCAUGCCAUAAUUUCAAUAUAACCUUUCAGAGUAAAAGUUAUGUUAUGGGUAAAAUUUCAAAUUUCGGAGAAGACCGUACUAAUGUUGUGCUCUUAAUUACUGCAGCUCAGGAGGUUGUGUUUUUUUUUUCUUGCUGGAAAAGAAACCCACUUCUGUUUGCAGUUUUCAAUUAACACUUACAGUGUGAAUGAAUUUAAAUGACAGCUCAGCUGUAGGUUAGCGGCAGCAUAUUUUCCACUCCAGUUAAGCGGACGGCACAAAACUAUUUCAUUCUGUUAAACAUAACGAACACUCUGUUAUUACACUAUCUAUUCAGAGCGCUCUUAUAAACUCUCCUACUCUUUAUGCAGAGAUUCCAGUAAAAAUUUGAGUAAAAUCCACUUACUCUUCUCGUUUUCAAAGUCUUUUAAACCAAAUAAGUUGCUUGUACUUUAGUAUUAAACCCCUAUUUAAUAAACCAUCAUUAUCCUUUACAGAAUAAGAUUACUAGUUUGUGGUACUUCUUAACCUCAAAUUCGUGUAUUCUAAAUCAGAGAUGCAAAACUGGCUCUUAUGGGCGUAUUAAGAGCAAACCAUUUCUUAGAAAGGGCAAAUUGCUUUUUGUACAGCAGGGCUUAACUCAGUGGGGCCUGCGAAAGCUCUUACCAGGAGCCUUACAGUUCCAACAGAGGCUUUGACUGGCAUCUGUAAGUGGUCAGAUUAUUCACAAACCAUUUAGCACAUUGGGACGAUAACCAUUUCAGUGUUCUGUAGUGGUUAUGGUUCUUAAUGUGUGUUUUUUUUUUUUUUUUAACAAUGUAUCAAAUUUGGCAUAUGCGUAGAAAUACCGAACGAUAAUGCAUUCUCUUUAAAAUGGUGUAUACCACUGUGCAGGUUAGAUUUUAAAGGGGCACUCUAGGCACCUAACGUUCUGCAAUUUGGUUUUCAAUUCCCUACAUCAUAAUGUCGUGGUUUUAGUGCUUAGGCAAUUACUGUUUUGUCUGGCAAUGUAAAACUUUACUGUUGUUGAGAAACUGCAAUGUUUACAUUUUGCAUGACCAAUCUGAUGCACCUUCUCCAUGUGAUGUUUUGUGUGCGUGUGGUUUUUUUUUUUUUUUUAAUAUUUUUAUUUUAUCAACGAUGGGUGCCAUAAUCAAAAAUGGGGACGUCAGCGUCUUCUCACUGUGAUUUUCACAGUGGGAAGCUCCUCUAGCGGCUGUCAAUAAGACAGCCACUAAAGGCCGAGUUAACCCUAGAUGGAUCUGGCACCCAGACCACUUCAUUGAGCUGAAGUGGUCUGGGUGUCUAUAGUGGUCCUUUUACACUGUAGACAUCAUCUCAUAUUAGAAGACACUAGCUUUCCUGAAUGAUUUGUCUUUAGUCCAAAGGGUUUGUUCACUAAACAGUAAUUUGUGGUGAAAGGAAAACUGGCAAAAUUUUGUAUAAAAUAGCAAAGCUGUCACAAGCGCUGUGCUGGAGAAUUUUUCCAAAUCCACAAUUUUGUGUAAAUGUUUGUUUCUUAUACCUUUUCUAUUUAGCAAAUAACGUCUCUGGUGUAACUCUAGCAAAUUUACAAUGCACCUGUGGAAAUUGCAGAGGUGUGUUUUUAUUUAUUUAUUUUUAUUUUACUUUAAUAUGAUAUUCACAAAUUAGAUAAACAUAUUCUUCAUUCACCCCAAAAAAAGUAAUUGUUAAUGUUGAUCAUAUCUGUUGCGUUCAGCAAAUGUAAAAUUCAUUCUCGCUUUUCUUUUUUUUGUAACCUGGGCUAACCUGUGCAUGUUUUGACUUUUCAGAAAGAAGAAACCAGUGGGGAAAAACGUCCAAGAGGCCGUCCAAGAAAAUGGGUACGAAUCCUAUUUUUGCAUGUAUAAUCUCCAUUUAAGAUAUCUGUUUCGCUCGUCAAAUGACCUUAUUUAGUAACAAAACUCAGAUUACAAUGAUCCUUGAAGAACCAUAAUAACUGUAGCUUAUUUUAGUGUUACUGCCAAAUGAUUUCGAUGCGGUUUGACAAAAAAACAAAAACUGGUCUCCUACCGGCAUCCAUAGACCAGAUCUCUCCUGCCACACUGAUAAUGCAGAAACUACACUUUGGAGUUAUAAAGUGGGAAUCCUUCAAACCAUGGAUGGCAGUGGUGUGUUUUUUUUUUUUUUUUUUUUUAAUUAAUUUUUUUACAGUCUUUGCAAUAAUGUGUGCAUAAUUAGUACAGGUUGAGGAAAGUAAUUAAAAAUAAAUUAAUUUAGUUGUUCUGAUUUACAGAAUAUAUAAUUAGUGAUGUCCCAAACUGUUCGCCGCGGACUCCAGUCAGCUGACACAUUCCAGCCAAUCAGCAGCAGACCCUCCCACCUCCUGGACAGCUCACUAAGAAUGCAGCUUCAAAAUGGAUGCUGUCCAGGAGGUGGGAGGGUCUGGGAGGGAGGGUCUGCUGCUGAUUGGCUGGAAUGUGUAAGCUGACUGGAGUCCGUGGCAAACAGUUUGCGAACCGUUCAGCGAACAGUUCAGGACAUCACUGUAUAUAAUGUGUCUGGGAUUUUAAGUUUUUUUUUUAUUUAUUUAUUUAUUUUUUGGUAGUUACAGGUCACAAAGCACAAGGAGUAAAAUUUAAUGUGGAGCAAUUUUAGAAUUUGGUAUGUUUGUCUUGUAAGCUUAAUAGCCAUAAAAGAAAACAAAAUUGCCACACAAAAGUAUAUAUUUAUAUAAAGUAGACAUCACAGGCUAUUUACCUAGGGUUGUUUUGACACUUUCUACGUAGCCAUUUCACCGCCAAUCUCUGCUAAAUAUUGCAGUAAAAUUGUAUUUUUGGGGGUUUUUGGCACACAAACUUAUAACAAAGAAAUUCUCAUGUGUAUUUUGUAAAGUUGGUAUGUGCUAUUCCUAUACAAAGUUUUAUUUUGUGUUCAGUUACAUCUGCUGAGUAAAAUGACACCCCCAUUGUAUGUCUUUGGCACUAUUUCGUGAAGUUACAGUGCCACAUAGGAGGCCUGUUCUUUUCAGUAUUCACAGUAGAAUUUUGAGAGAUGGAUUUAAUGAUCCUAUGCUUCCAUUUGGGGUAUUAUAACAGUUUGACUGUUCAAAAAAGCCCACAAAGGCCUACCAUUUGUAAAAGUAGACACUCCAGGGUAUCUAAUAAGGUGCAUAUUGUGCCUUAAAAUGCCCCCAUUUUUUCACCAAUAUAUGCCAAAGUAUGUGGUAAAAAAUAAUUUUGUGCGUUUUUUACACAUGGAUUGCAUUUUUGCUGGUCAUUUUGUAUAUUUCACAUGUGCCACUAAGUUCAAACCCCCCAAAUUAUGCUCGGCUAAGUAUUCUGAGUAAAAAGACACCCCCAAUGAAUGUCUUUGGCACUAUUUCGGGAAGCUACAGUGCCAGUGGCGUACAUACCAGGGUCGCCCCUGCGACCCGGUAUGUACGCCCAGGGCCAGCCUCUUCCCCUGGGGGGCCCAGGAGCCGACCACCCCAGGGCCCCCCUGAGGCUGGCCCUGCUGACCCCGGGUGGCCGGUGGGUCAGGCAGGCGGGUGCGCGAGGGAGCACUCAGUGCUUCCUCUUUCAGCUCCCUCGCGCACCGCAAUGAUACCGGAGCCGGAAGAUGACGUCAUCGAUGACUGAUCAAUUUUUGCACCGGGGCCCCAUGGGUCAUGUGUACGCCACUGUACAGUGCCAUAUAGGAGACCAAGCCAUAUCAGUUUUUACCGAACUUUGAAUUUUGACGCUGGGCCAAUGUGCAAUUUCCAAGCAUCUUAGCAGGGUUUAAAUUCAAACUACCCCACAAAGGCCUACCAAUUCUUAAAGUAGACACUCCAGGGUAUUUCAAAAGGUAUAUUUUGAACCUUAGCUUGGGAUUAUUUUCCCGCUAGCUUGUACCAAGUGUAGUGGUGAGUUUGCACAGUAUAUUUUGCAAAACCUAUGUGUGCUACCAGUUUAUAAUACUUCAUAUGUUGCUCAGCUAUGUCGGCUGAGUACAGCAAUACCCCCGUAUGUACCUUUGACAGGUAUAUGUGGACAUCGGAGGGGCACAUUUGGGACACAGCCAUUCCAGUUUUUUUUCAAACUUUAAAUUUUUACGCUGUGCCCAUGUCCUAUUAUUAUAGAGUAUUUUACUAGGCUAUAUAAUCCAAAUACCCCAUAAAGGCAUACCAUUUCUUAAAGAAGACAUCCCAGGGUAUUUUAAAAGGCAUAUUUUGAACCUUAGCGUGGGAUAAUUUUUCCACUAGCUUGUCACAAGUGUAGUGGUAAUUGUUUUUUUUUUUUUUUUUCCUUUUUGACACACAAAGUGAGUUUGCACAGGAUAUUUUGCAAACCUUAUGUGUGCUACGACUGUAUAAUACUUCAUAUGUUGCUCAGCUAUGUCGUCUGAGUACAGCAAUACCAUGUAUGUACCUUUGCUAGAUAUAUGUGGAUGUUGAAGGGGCGCAUUUGAGACGCAGCCAUUCAGUUUUUUUUCUAACUUUGAAGUUUUACACUGUGUCCAUGUUCCAAUUUGGAGUAGUUUAGACGGUUGGUUAUUGAAACUUCCCCACAAACACAUACUAUUUAUUAAAGAAUACACCCUGGGGUAAUUCAAAAGGCAUAUUUUGAACCUUAGCGUGGGAUCAUUUUUUCUCUAGUUUGUUCCAGGUGUAGUGGUAAUGAGUGUUUUUUUAAAUGUAUUAUUUUUUUUAUUUUUUUUACUUUUUGAAACUUUUUUUACUUUUAAAAACUAGUUUUUAAACUUUUUGUUUUGCUUAUUAAUUUUUUAAAAACUUUUCUAAGCUUUAUUAAAACUUUUUUUUACAGAUUUAACAUUUUUCUAAGCUUUUUAUUUUUUUAACUUUAACCCCUAACUAGCAGUAAGCAGCACUAACCAUAAAUUUCCCAUAACUCCCACCCACCCCAGCUAGCAAAAUAUAUAAUUAUAAAAUAUUUAAAUUAAUUAAAUAAAUUGAACCCCUGAGGGUUAAAAAAUAAAUAAAAAUUAAUCCUCAGGGGUUAAAAAAAAAUUAGAUCACAGUAUAAUUUUGAUCACUGUAGGCAGUGAUCAACUGGCAGGGAAGGGGUUAAUUUUUAUUUGGACUAGGUAAGGGGGGGUGGUUUUUUUUAUUUUUUACUUAAACGUUAUUAAAACUUUUUAUUUUUUUAGCUUAAUUUUUACCUUUUUAAAGUUUAUUUUAAAACGUUUUUUAACGUUAACCCCUAGUUAGCCUAACACCAAAUCCCCCAAUUCCCCACUAACUUCUACCCACCCCAGCUAGCUAAAUAUAUAAUUUUAAAAUAUUUAAAUUAAAUUUAACCCCUGAGGGUAAAAAAAACCAAAAAAACUAAUCAGAUGACUGUAAAAUGUAAUCCCUGCCAAUUGAUCACUGUAGUCAGUGAUCAAUUGGCAGGGAAGGGGUUAAUUUUUUAAUUAAAAUGAGUAAAGGGGGUGGGAUUUUAAAUAAACUUUAUUUUUUUUUAACAGGGGGCAGGAUCAGCACUGUUCCGGCUCCCUGCACUUCACACAGAACCAGGAAGUGCAUGGAGGCCGAAGGUGAGUAUAUGCAGCACAUAUACAUGCUGUCAGAGCGAGCACAUGUGCUGGGACAGACCGAUCGGGUGCUCCCGGUCUGCCUCUAAUUCUGAGGCAGACUGGAGCACCAUUAACCCCGCGAUUGCGGCGAUCCAGAGUUAAUUUUAACAGGUGACGGACAAGGUCAGUCACUCAUCGUUAUGGCAAUCCCCUGAGUGACGGACCUCGUCUCUCGUCGUUAAGGGGUUAAAGGAAAACGUGAGUCUCUAUCAACAUAACUGCAAAAUAUACCUAUUGGAAUCUAUUAAUAACCCAUUGAACUUGUCUUGGGAUUUCUUUUGGGUUUCUUUCUCCAGGCUCUGCAUAUAAGCUCAGUACAUUGCAUUCUACUUAUUAGGAAUGCUGCCUAUGCAAACAUUAAAUAGUCUGAAGUUUGAUCAGAAUGGUUAAUAGAGCACACAUGUAAUUACUUUAAAGUUCUAUCGCCAAAUCGUGUCCUAUAGUUUAUUAUUAGACUAAACUACCAAGAAUUCCCUGGCAGAUCUUUGUAGUCUAUCCGCAUCUAGAGCGGGGAUGCCCAAAAAGUUAAAUCCCCAGAUGUUUUAAAACUACUGCUUCCAUGAUGCUUUGCCAUUCUAAAGGCAUGCAAAGCAUGGGAGUUGUAGUUCUACAACUGAUUUUAGAGGACUGUAGUGGACAUCCUUACCUUCUUACUAGGGGUCCUCCAGGUGCUACUUCCACCUCAGCCACAACCAACAGUCAAAAGCUGACUCUCUCCGCAGAUGCGUUCAGACAAAGAGCUAGUCCCACACAGCUAGAUUUGGCUCAGGUGAGCGAACCGAAGUUCCUAAACAAGCGGAUCUCUGUUGGCUGUAGUGGAGGUAGGGAAAGAAGUCAAAUCAUUCUAAAACGUUUUGAUUACUUACAAUGGAGGGUAGGGACACUUGGCACCAUUACCACCACAUUACACUGUAGUGGUUAUGGUGUUUGGCGGGUUUAAUUGGGAAUCUAACAGGGGAGGGGGGCAAAAUUUUAGUGCAAAGGAGAUUAACUGAAACCCUUUCCAAGCGUGCUGCAUUUUAAAUUUUAAGCUAUUUUGUUUUAAAAUUUGAAUUUCAUUUUUAAUUCCUGUAAAUUCACAAUAUAGUAAAUAACUCUGAGCAGACUUAAACCAACUCACCGUGUGCAAACUUUGUUUGUCACUGUUUGAAAAGAAGACUAACUGUCAAUAACAUUAUCAUGCUAUGGCAGUGGACAUAUAUUAUAAUUUGGUUUCUGUUUUCAGAUGUGAUUGAAAUGGUUAAUUGUAAACUGUAAAAAAAGCUUUUUAAAUGCCCAACCUCACUUGAUGACCAGACACUGCUUUCGUAGCGGUAACCGUGGCUUUAUCAGCCAGAUCACAUGCUCCAUACCUAUCCUAAUCUGUGCUAUAAAUCAGACCAAAGACCUUAUUUGGCUCCAUCAAAAGACAAAAUACAACCUGGCAGGGGAAUUGACGACAUAAAUACCUUCUUCCUUUCGGGGAACACCUUGUAACAAUAAACGUAGGGGUAUAGGGAGAGUGCAAGCCAUAUGUAGCGGAACAUAAUCUUGGUUAAAAUCUUCCAUUUAAAUUGUUCUGGUGUGUUAACCCAUUCCUGAUCAAGAUUAGACAAGUCUUAUUCUGACAGUGCCGACCUAGUUUGUAUUACUGGAGUUACUCUGAGAGUAUAUUGUGUCUCUCAAUGUAAUACUACUUCUCACACAUUCUUAAGAAGCUUUCUCGAAGCUAAAAAGUUAUUUUAAUUUUUUGAAAGAUUUAGUGCCAUCUAUUUUACUUGUUUUUGGUAAGAUUAUUUAACUUAUUAACGUAAUGGGAUAUUUUUACUACGAAAAACUAUUUAAACCUUAGUGUUUUUUUUUGUUUGGUUUUUUUUUAUGGUUGUGUGGGGUUUUUCUGCCUUCAUCAAACUGAAUGGCUGUAAAUCUUCAAACGAUCAUCUAAGACAAAGAAACAAAUUAAACCUAUUAUAAGUUUCUAUCGAAUAAGGUUGGGACCCCAGCUGGGGUACCAGAUCUCUUGCUAUCCUUUUGGAGUAUGAUCUUGCCAUCUAACAGCCAUCCCUUCUGCCUGCUCCUUCAAUUAGGCAGACACACAUAAGAGCCCAGGAACUCUGGGCAGGAGGCUCCUCACUAGUAAUCUAUUUUUUUUUUUUUUUUUUUCUCCGCAUGUAUGAGAUGGAGUGGUUAAGUUGUACAUGGUAAUUCAAAAGGGAAGGGGAGGGAGAAUUUAUCACAAAAGUUUAAGGAAAAGAUUUAUUCAGCGCAAAGUGGUUAUUUUGUGGGACAAGCAUUUGCCUUCCACAACUCUGCUGCAUGUGUCCCCAUUCCGUUCACAUCACCAUGAAGAAUGUGUCACUCUCCUCUGCAGAAUUUGUGUAAUUUACCAGCAUUGGAGGGUUUCAAAGCAUGAACUGCUCAUUUAAAGUUCUGCUAGAAAAUAUUCUCAGUGGGCUUUUAAAGGAACACUCCAAUCACCAUGACCACUCCAGGAUGGUCCCUGGUGAUAAAAAUAGUCAAAAUUUGUAUAAUUUAUUUUUGUGUAUAUGUCUGUAUCUCUCCAUCUAUCUUCUCUCUCUCUCUCGCUUUCUUUUUUUCUUUUCUUCCAUUCCCCUUUUCCACUGAGAAUUUUGUUAGGUUUAUGCAGAGCUGGGCUAUUAAGUGGAGAGAGUAAGCUAAGCUCUCAAAGUCCAUAAGUGUGGUCCCUCAUGGUACUGCUUAGCUCUGUAGUGCUAACAGGAUUCUUCUAAAGAACACCGGAUGCAGGGACUGCAGGUGCCUAGCGUUGCCCAUGUAAGUUGCAACCAUAUUUAAAAAAAAAGUUUGACUACAUACUACGGGAGGCCCCAUGGCAUUCCUAGCACCGUAACCUCUUCAGUGUGUUGUAGUGGUUAUGGUACCUGGAGUGUUCCUUUAAGUCCAGACUUUGAUUAGUCUGUUCCACAACCGUUUGGGAGAUUCUUUCUUUUAUCAAGUUUAAUGCUUUAGACUUUAUAAAGGGAGGAUCUUCUGAAAGCUUUUCAUUCCAAAGUUCUAUUAGUCCUGUAAAAAAAAGGUAUUCGAAAAUCAGCUGUUUGACUUCUCUAGAUUUUUUUUGUAGAAAACAGAAGCCUGUUUCAAUUUUGUAUGAUGUUCUUAUUGUGAUAUGUCGUGUUUGAUUCAUGCCAACUUUGGCUUUCCAAAAAUGUUCCGCUAGAAGUUCUCCGUCCACCGAACAUUAUCCUGAAAGGAUCAUUGUGCAUUUUUUAGACUGUGACAUGAUUGUUUGUCUUCCUUGUUAGAGGUUAACACCUUGGACAUGUCCUGUGAAUUCUAACUUCGCCCAGUGAUUUUCUUAUUGUUGUCAUGAACACUGACUCAACAAUUAGACAGACAUGCAAUUCUGUAGAUGUUCCCCAUGGUGGUUUUUGAUACUUUUCAGAUGAAUCAAAACUGUGUUCUAGGAGAUAACUUUGAAACUGUGGUACAUAAUGCUAGGAGUGGCCAGCCUACCAAAAUUCCUCCGUUUGCACGUUUGCAUUGUGGUUUUGAGUCCCAGAGCCUUAGAAAUGUCUUUCUGUCUUUCUAUUUUGCUGUUUUCCUUAUUUCUUCUCAUAUCAUCCAGAAUUUAUUUUGCUUGUUUUAACUUUGUCACCAACUUUACAUUGAUGGUAGGUUUCUGUAUAAGUGAUGUUUAGAUCCACCUGGGCUCUCUGUAAGAGUGUCCCUGUCCCCUUAACCGUGAUUAAAAAAAGCAAGUCAAUGGUGGCAAUAUAGAAACUGCAAAAAUGUCUAGGUGACACAAAAUAUCAAAUAGAUGUUAUGCAUCUAAAUACCUAUUCUGUAUUUAUUUUAAAGAUUGCAGUUUUUGUUUUUGUGUUGUAGAGAUGUGUAACUUAUCAAUUUGCCAUUGCUGUAAUGUGUACACGCAUUCCUAUUUAAAGUUUCUAGCAUGCCAUAUUGGAUCAGUGUGCAUAGAUGCAUUCACGCCAUCAACCCGACUAUAAAAUCGCCCUAACCAUUUCACUUGCUUCUUGUAUAAAUAGUAUAUAAUUGAACCAUGUGUUUAUCCAUAAAUGUAAUCCACCCCUGCUUCAGCCAAUCUUGGUGCAUGAAUUUGAACCUGUGGAGGUUUUAUUUAUUUAUUUAUUACUGGUAUUUAUAAAGUGCCAACAGAUUCUGCUGCGCUGUACAAUUAGUGGAUCACGUACAAUAUACAAAGACAAAUACAAGAGGUAGAGAGCCCUGCCUGUAAGCUGUUAACUACGUAUUGAAGCUCUUUGAUACAAAGUGCUUAGCUAGAUAGCCCGUGAUCUUGAGACACGUUGUAAAUCAGUGACAAGCCCUGGAGGCUGCAGUCUCAUGGACUGAUCGCAUAAAUUUAGGGUUAAGAAAAAAUGGUUAGUCAAACGACUUUUUGAUGAUGAAUUAAUUGUUGCGUAGAAUGGGAAAUUUUAAAAAACUAAAAAAAGUUUUUUUUUUUUAAUAAAAAAUUUAAAGCGCUGAAAUUAUUUUUAGUUUUUAUAAACUGUAAAAAGCAAAAGAUGAACUUUUCCUCUUACAUUCCAUGUAACAAGUUCACUAGAUAAAACCCACUUUACAUGUAAAAGAUUUUUAUCAUAGUUCAAAGCAUUCCUUCUUGUAUGUUUGUGAAAUAUAUUGCAAGGUCAGGUCACCUAAAAUCUGGUAGUCUUUGUAACGUGUUGUCAUUAAGCGGUUACCUCCCAGACCCAUUUGCUGUGUGCAGGUUAGCAGCAACGCUGACCGUACCAUAGUUCUAAGCUAAAUCAUCUACUGCCUUGUUAAAAAUGAUAUAUUUCUCUUUAAAGAUUAAUCGGAAAGCUGCAUUCAAAACGGAGCAGAUUUAUUUCAGCAUUAUCUGUGAGAUGUUUCCUUGUUUCAAAAUGUUCAAUUUUUUUAAAAACAAAGCGUGAAGAUGAGUUCGUAAUGGUAUGGUUCCAAUAACACACUCCAGAAACAUGCCCUCUGGCGCUUUGGUAUGCACAUAAGGCGUAAGAUUUGUAAGUGUCAAUAUAAGAUGAUUGGAUAAAUAACCUUGGUAACAAAUGUAAUGUUCCUGAUGAUUCUGUAGGUUUCUAUGGCGAUUACUCGGUUUUUACAGCUUUGUUUCACUUGGCAGCAAUUUUACAAACACAUCUACUGUGAACACAGCAUUUUCUUUUGUUUUACUGUAAUGAUCGUUUUGGAUGAGCAAGUAAAGAAAUUAAGAUUGGUAUCAUUAAAGGGUCUCUCCAGCAUCAAAUACUGCAGUGUGGUAGUGACGCAAACAAUUUCGCCAAUCGUGUACCUGCAAGUAUUCUGUAACAUAGAUACAUAACAAAAACCUGGAGAUUCCAUUUUUUAUUUUUUUUUAACUUAAAGGAACACUAUAGGGUGAACACACAUGUAUCCCUGACCCCAUAGUGUUAAAAACACUAUUUAGCCCCACCGGCCCUCCUAAAUAUAGUAAAAUAUUUUUUUUCAUUCCAGUAUACUAGCGCUGUCUCUGCCCCGAUCUACCACCUUGGCUGACCUCAGAAAUGAUGAUCUCAGCCAAUCACCAUGCUUUCCCAUAGGAAGGCAUUGGAUUGGCUGAGACUGUCAAUUCUGAUGAUCUCAGCCAAGAAGGUGGACUGGGGACCAGGGCCAAACGCCACCUUGGCCAAUCAGCAUCUCCUCAUAGAGAGAUUAAUUGAAUCAAUGCAUCUCAAUGAGGAAAAUUCAGUGUCUCCAUGCAGAGGGUGGAGACACUGAAUGUUAGUGCUGCAGUGGAAGCACAUCUAGUAGCUAUUUGAGCAGUGGCCACUGGAGGUGUCCCUGGGUUGUAAUGUAAACACUGCAUUUUCUCUUAAAAGGUAGUGUUUACAGCAAUAAGCCUGCAGGAACUAACUAUAUACUCACCAGAAUAACUACAUUAAGCUGUGUGUUCUGGUGACUAUAGUGUCACUUUAAUUGCUGUAUAGGGCGUGAAUACAAAUAGAUUGUUCUAGUUAAUAGGUAGAUUUGUGUAUGCUUUUGGUAGCAGUGUGUACAAAAUCCCCCAUCCCAACCAAUCACCAGUCUAGCAAAGUUCCAAGAAUGGUUUAGAAAAAGUUACUUGAAUAGUUACUAAGUCUCUGUGUGUUUAAAUUAAGUGCUAUGUUCUAAAAAUGUGUGCAAAGUAUGAAUGGUGGAACAAUCCAUGUGGAAGCAACAGGAACACUGAAUUGCUGGCUUGUACACUUUUUUGUGUUUUUUGCACCACUUUUCAGAAGGUGGCAGUAUGAUAAGUCCCCCCCCAAUCCGUCCUACAGACUGCAUUAAUAGGUUUUCAGAUGGAAAAAUUGUCCAGAAUUGAUCUUUAUACACAGCCGCAAAUACUGGGCAUGGUUUGUAUCGGAGUUCUGUAAGAGGUGCAUUCAGAAGGCACAUUUGUUGGCACCUUGUCACAUUCUUGAGAGCUAGAGGAAUUCAUUGUUCUUGUUUGAACUGAUAAGAACAAAAAAGGAUUUUCUGCCUGAGACCUUGGAAAGCAGGAGGCUGGAAUGUUGACACGGAGAUGCUGGGCUGCAUUUUCCCAAGCCUCCUUCCUGCAUGGUUUCUUCCACAGCCGAGCAGCAUUGACAUUAGGUGUGCUGAUUAGGCUUAUUUGCUUCCAGGGGCAAAUCCAAGAGAAAUGAUGGAGUGUGUGUGGUAGAUUCCUGUGUUGAUCACAAUGCUGGGAACGAAUUAUUAAACUUGAGGUGACUUCAGUUGAAGUUUGACUUCAUGCAUGAUUGCUCCUUGGUAAUUACUACUGAAUAUAGUUUCACUUUUAUGUCAUUCUCACAACCUUUUUAGUUGUUAUUUUUAAAAGCCUAAAAUAAAAAAAAAGUCUUUGUUUUUUUUUUUCUUUUUUUUUUUUCUUAACCUUUUUAAACUGCUUUAAUCAAUAGAGGCAAUAAUCCUGGCAAGCCCUUUAUUCCUUCCUUGAAUACCCAUAACACACAAAUAUUGUGUACAGAAAUAGACAAAAUGUAUGCAGUUGCUGUAGAGGAGGUGGAGUCUUGGCACCUUAACUACCACAGCAUGGUGUAAUGGCCAUGGUAUUUGAGUUUUUAACGCUUUCUGUAUCAGUAGGUAUGUCUCUAUAUUCAUUGUUAUAUUUUAAUUUGUCAGUUUGACUUCACUGUUGUACAAUACUAUGAAAAUCUGGUUGUACUGUGCUAAAUAAGGACCCACGCUAUGCGUACAUUUUGUCUAUUUCUGUACACAAUAUUUGUCUGUAGUUAUUCAGUGCAGGAAGAAAGGGCAUGCUAUCGAUACAACCAUUUAAAAAGGGGGAAAAAAACCAUCAGACUUGGCUUUUAGGAUAAAAAAACGACAAAACAAACCAUACGAUACCACCCAAAGAGGACGCAAUGAUGCCAACUCUCCACCGGGGAAAAUCAAAAUGGCUGAAGGUUUAGUGUAGCCAACUUAGUAGAUAAUGUUUUAAAAUGUAUGGGGGAUAUUCACUAGAUAAAUUGGUUUUCUCUAAGUAAUCCGCACACUAACAACAAAAUAACGUAUAAAGCAGAAGUUGCGGACACUGCAGUGGUCAUGGUGUUAGGAUUGCCCUUGCGCCCUACAUUUUGACAAUUUACCUAAGGUCCACCAAGCUGAUGCUCUCAGACAAUUAGCAGACCCUGCAGUGCAAGGUUUAGAUUCAUAAGGGCUUCCAGCUCUCCUGCCGGCUUUGACCCUUUCCCAUUGGGCAUCAGGUAAGUUGUCAAACCAUUUGUUGCUGUAGUGGUUAUAGUGCUUGGAGUGUUUAAAUUGUGUAUUCUUGGUCAUACUUAAUGGGUGUGUAAAGUAGAAUCAAGGUGUGCGUCUUAAAGAAUCAAGAUUAAGCAAGCCUACAUAUCCCAAUGAUGAAUCACUCAAAUACCUGCUUAAUGGAGUGGCCCAUGCUUAUUACUAAGUACAGUACACAUAUCUGGUAAAAUACAUUGCAGUAACUUGAUCCUAAAAUUGUCUGCAGUGGUGAUUCAUAAUUAAUAAUACAACUGUUUUUAGUAGAGCUAAUAUUCAGCAUGCUAAAACCCAUUUCUAGUUUUAAAAGCCAACCCCUCCCCCCUUUGUUUUAAAAUUUUUUUUUUUUGGUACUUUCCAAGGUUUAAUGAACAGAUCCUUCAAUUUUACACGCCUCCUUACAAGGUUGUGCGUGCCAAAACCAAUCCCUGAUAUAUCCCUACGGAGUUAGUGAGCGCCUCUGAGGACAGAGUGGUGCAUUAAACGAGCUUACUUACUUUUUUUUAGCAGAUUUAUUAUUAUUAUUAUUAUUAUUUAUUAUUAUUAUUAUUAUUAUUAUUUAUAUAACGCCAAAGGGUGGACUAACAGACAUUUAACUGUAACCAGACAACUCAACGUACAGGAACAGAGAGGUGGAGGGUCCUGCUCAAUGAGCUUACAUUCUAGACUUUAAAAGAUACAUGUGUUAUUCUUGCUGUACAGGCCCCAAAUGGGUUAUCUCAGUUAUGGUAUUUUCUCAGAUAUACAGUCUAAAAAAGUUGCCAUUUUGUCAAAUAAGACAGAUCACAUCUGUACAUAAUGUCAUUUUUAUGGGAUGUAGCCCAUUGACCAGCAAAGCUAAGGGAGUGGGCCUUGACAGAGCUAGGACAGAGCUAGGAGGCGGGCAUAGAGAUGGGUAACUUUUGGGGUAACUACGUUUACAUGUUGUUUUUAUUUUAUUAUUUAUAUAGCACCAUCAGAUUCUGUAGCGCUGUACAAUGGGUGGACUAACGGACAUGUAAUUGACAACUGGACGUACAGGAACAGAGGGUGUGGAGGGCCCUGCUCAAUGAGCUUACAUGCUAGAGGGAGUGGGGUAUAGUGACACAAAGGGUAAAAGUAGGGGUACAAAGUAGGUUGUUAGAAAAUUAUUCACUAAGGGCUUAGUAGGUAAUUUUUGACAGUUGCAGGAGAGGAGUCAUGGGGGGUAAAAACCUGCCAACAGUUUAAUUGAUAUGGGAAGGGAGGGAGUUCCACAGAAGAGGUGCAGCCCUGGAGAAAUCUUGGAGGCGAGCAUCAGAGGUGGGAGUACGGACAGAGGAUAGAUGUGGGUCUUUGGCAAAGCGCAGGGUCCUCGAUGGGACAUACUUGUGUAUUAGGGAGGAUUGGUAGGUUGGAGCAGCAUUAUGUAGGGACUUGUAAGCAAGCACCAGGAUUUUAAAUUGAGCCCUAGAUCUAACUGGAAGCUAAUGCAGGGACUGAUAGAGCGGGGAGGCGUGGGAGGUACGAGCGGACAGAAAAAUGAGCCUCACCGCUGCAUUCAUUAUAGAUUGCAGUGGUGCAAUCUAGGAACACGUAAGACCACUGAGAAGGGUAUUGUAGUAAUCAAGGCGAGAGAACAGCAUGGACCAGCACCUUAGCCGCAAACUGCGUUCGCAGAUGCACGCUAUGUUUUUGAGAUGGAAGCAACAGGAUUUGGCGAUUGAUUGGACAUUUGGGGUGAAGGAGAGGUUGGAGUGAAAAAGAACAUCCAGGCAGCGAGCCUGUGAGGUAGAGGAGAUGGAACCACCGUAGACUUAGAGGGAGACAGACACGGCAGUAGCAACCCUUGAGGGAGGAAAGACAAGAAGUUCUGUUUUGGACAGGUUGAGUUUAAGGAAGUGAGCAGCCAUCCAGUUGGAAAUCGCAGAGAGGCAGUCAGAGACUCGAGUCAAGUUGGGCGUAGAGAGAUCAGGAGAGGACAGGUAGAUUUGCAUGUCAUCUGCAUAGAAAUGAUAACGGAAGCCAAAGGAGCUGAUGAGUUUACCAAGGGAGGCAGUAUAGAUAGAGAACAGUAGGGGACAAAGGACAGAAUCUUGGGGGAUGCCGACAGAGUGGUUGGGGGGGGGAGAGGCAGAGUCAGAGAAAGAAGCACUGGGAGAGGUAGGAGGAGCACCAGGAAAGAGCAGUAUCUCGUAGACCAAAAUUACAGAGAAUGCGAAGAAGCUGUUGAUGAUUAACAGUGUCAAAGGCAACGGAAAGAUCAAGGAGAAUUAGGAUAGCGUAAUGGCCAUGAGAUUUAGCAGAAAUUAAAUUGUUGGAUGCUUUGGUCACAGCUGUUUCGACAGAAGGACCAGCGUGGAAUCCAGACUGAAGGGGGUCCAGCAGAGAGUGUUGGUUUGGCAAUUACCCAUUUGUGUAGAAUUUAUAUAUUUUAUUAAAGCGUUGAUAUUUAAUUCCACUUUAACCUGGUGUCUGCCCCUCUUUGGGGGCUGGGGGGAGGGGGUGGAUGGUUAUAAUUUUAAUUGACAUAUGCCAAAAAGACGACUAUGCGCAUGUCAUGAAUUGCAUGCGCACUUAAGCAAGGUAUUCCAAAAAGGUAGAUCCCCAAAUGUUUUAGAACCGAAACCCCUGGUGAUUUUUUUUACUUUUUUGGCACCUCUGACUAAACAUAAUAUGAGAAUGGCCAUCAAAUUUGGUUGCGUUUUGCACAGUUCAAGCUUAUUCAAAAGAUCCAGCUUGUGUACUGCAACAUGUAAAAUAAUGUGUGGCACAAAACCGCAGACAUAGCAUUAUUCAGUCCCCCGACCCUCCCCCCUCCCAAAAUGACAAUGUUUUACAUUACGUGAGGAAAACGGCAGGGACACUGCACUCAGAGCACUACAUUGAGAUUGUCUGGUUGCCCAUAGCGUCAUGGGACUGCCACAAAAUCAAAUAAAUAUAUAAUAUUCAUGUUUUACUUUUGGCACCACAGACUGAAUGCAGAUUCAUGAAUUAAAAUCCUAUUUGUCCAUUGUCCAUAUUUUUUAUUUAAUUUUUUUUGAUACUUUUUAUAUGGUCCUUCGGAGUUACAGAAUUCAGAUGACCCGCCGAUUCAGACGAAUUGACAGAACGUGAAUGGAUACUAGACUCGUGCAUUCCGUUUCAAAUUAUUUGUUUGGUUCUUGUUGUAUUAAAGGGGAGAGGGUGUAAUGCUGCAGCAUAAAUCCGUCCAUUGCUGUCUUGCCAGAUUACACCCCCCUAUAUGAUUGCAUCUCAGUGAUAGAGGUAGGUAGGUAGGUAGGUAGGUAGGUAGGUAGGUGGAUGGAUAUAUUGUUUGCUCAUCUUUAAUAUAUGUUCCCAUGUCUGGGAAUCUGUUUUUGCUUUCUUUUGUAUGUAAUACACUGGUAGUGUUUCACUGCUCUCUGCUGGCGAAUGAUCUCUGUGGUCUCGUACUGAGCAGCAAGGUCAUGAUGCUUGUUUUAAAAAGAACAGGUGCAAUGGAUCCACCAAUAACCUACAUGCUUAUGAAAAUCAAGCAAAUUUGCAUGGACUUGUAUGCAUUAGCUAAACGGCAGACAGACCAUUCAUAGAAUUUGUUUAUACCAACAGAUAAUUUUGAUAUUUGUUUGCCACAUUGUACUUGAGUUAACUUUUACCUACCAUGUUUAGAAAAUCUGUUCCUUUGUAUAAAGUUAGGUUUUACUUUUUUUAAAAGCAUAAUAGAACUUUUUUUUUUUCUUUCUCUGCACCACGUGUAUGUGUGUGUGUGUGUGUGUAUAUAUAUGUAUGUAUGUAUGUGUAUAUUAUUGUUAUCCACAUUAUCAACAAUUUAGCACAAUGAUAAAAAUACACACAGUACUUAUAUGGUGGCAAAGAUUGAAGCUGCCUCCCCAGAGAUUUUUUCCCAAGUCUCAUAGAUCUUACAUUUUAGUUUGGGGUGUUCUCAUGUUAACAGCUUUAUAAACACAGUACAUUUAUAUACAAGAAUCUGUAUAGAAUAUAUAUAUAUAUAUAUAUAUAUAUAUAUAUAUAUAUAAAAUAGAAAAGCCCCUGCACUCACGCUUACUUGUUCCCAAUGCCGGGUACAUAUGCCAGAGCUCCAAUAGACACAAAGGGCAAAAAGAAGUGGCUACUCACCGGACCUAAAAAUAAAUUCUGUUGUAUAGUGUUAAAAAAUAAGCUUUUUAACACUAUACAAUAAAAAAUUUUUAUUUUUAAGUCCGGUGAGCAGCCACUUCUUUUUGAGAUAGAGAGAGAUAUAUAUAUAUAUAUAUUCUCUAUCUCAAAAAGAAGUGGCUGCUCACCGGACUUAAAAAUAAAAAAAAAUUUAUUGUAUAGUGUUAAACGUAUUUUUUUUUUUUUUUUAACACUAUACAAUAUUUAUUUUUUUAUUUUUAGGUCCGGUGA